GGGAGGAAUUCGGAGGACACUACAGCCACUCCCUCCUCCUCCGGUCUGGAUCUCCCCGUCCCCCUCCAGCUCGCGUAUUUCUAUGUCUCUUCGCCCCCCUACUCAGGCCAGGCCUGAGGCCUUGACUCUCUGCCGUUAAGGGAACAUAGAAGCUCGUCCCUUUAUUGGCUGAGCUGUGUUUCAGCACCGCCUCCCAGCCUAGAGAAGAUGGCUUGAUUGGUUGAGCUGCGGCUCGCGAGGUCGUAGUUUCUCACCGCCGGGCUGCUCACCCACGUGCUCCGUAUCCUAUCUGGACAAGAAGGAAAUCAAAGGGGAUUGUCGGAGACUGAGCUUCCCCCACAUGGCGGCUAUAGAAGAGGAAAACCCUAUGAACACUGAGCUGGUCGCGAGUGAGGAGGAGGAGGCAGAAAAUGAAAGGGCAGCAAAGACGCACCGUCGGCUUGUGGAUGUACUCAGCGCCUUGGCUGGAGCGAAGCGGCGGAGAGCGGUUGAGCGCACAGAGGCAAGCGGGCAGAUCUCGGAAUUCGAUGUGGGCGGUGGAGGUGCUGAUGAAAAAGUUAUUCUCUCGGAACUGCUGCAACCCAUUUCCAGCUCGCCAGCUCUGGGCUCCUUUCGGAAACAGCUGAAGAAAGCCCAGCAGAAAAAAGCCGUCCAGCUCCCGCUGAGCAAGGAGGAGAGUGAGCGGGUGGUGAGGGAAGCUGCCUACACCCAGACAUCCCAAGCCCUGGCUAAGUGGGAUCCAGUGGUGCAGCAAAACAGGCGUGCUGAGCAGCUCGUCUUCCCACUGCAGCAGGAAAGGGUGACGGUUGCGGCUGUUGAGGAAGUGAUGAGUGGUUGGCAGGCACGGACACCCCUGGAGGAAGAGAUCUUCAGUCUUCUUCACAAAGCAAAGCAGCCAGUGAAGGAUCCGCUCCUGACGCCACAGGAGAAGGCCUCACUGCAAGCCAUGAGUCUGGAGGAGGCUCGGCUGCGGCGGAUGGAGCUCCAGAGGGCUAGGGCUCUGCAGUCUUACUACGAGGCUAAGGCACGACGGGAACGGAAGAUCAAGAGCAAAAAGUACCACAAAGUGCUUAGGAAAGGCAAGAGUCGCAAGGUACUACAAGAAUUCGAGAUGCUGCGGACAAGCAACCCGGAGGCAGCUCUAGAACAGCUGGAGAAGAUGGAAAAAGCACGAAUUGAGGAGAGAAUGAGCCUGAAACACCAGAACAAGGGCAGGUGGGCCAAAUCUACAGUCCUCAUGGCAAAGUACGACCUAGAGGCCAGGCAAGCCAUGCAAGAGCAGCUGGCCCGGAACAAAGAACUGACCCAGAAAGUCCACCCAGCAGCAUCUGAUAGCGAGGAAGGUGGCAACGACUCUGAAGCAGAGGGGGGUCUCGUCCCUGAUGUUGUAAAUGAGGGGCAUGCUGGAGUGGAUCCGGACAACCCCUGGAUGUUGGGGAAGCCCCACGCAGAGUCCAAGGAGGACCCACCAGCUUCUGCAGAAAACAGCGGAGAGAGCGAGGGAGAAGAGGGACCUCCUGUGACUGAGGAGGAGGUUUUGUUGCAAGGCUUUGUUGAACGUCGGCAGAGCCAAGGUCCUAGUGGGGAGGAGUCUAUAUCCGUGGUACCUGACGUGCUUCCACCAGCACCUCCAAGUCCUGUGCCAGAGGGGCCCUUCCUGGCUGAGAAGUUAGAAAGGCUUCGCACCUUGGAGGAUAUGGAGGCCCUAGAGCCAGAGGAAGAUCCACAGGAAGAUAAAACGCCACGAUCCAAAGACGCUGAGCUCCAGCAGCCCCUGGAAACUGAGGCAUCGGGGCAACCCAAGGGUGGCAAGACCCAGAUCUCCAAGAAGAGUGCCAAGCACAAGGCUCUGAUUGAUCUGAAGGCAGUCCUUGCCGGGCCAUCUCAUGCCACGCACUGCCCUCUUGUGCCUAGCACUGUGCAGGAUGAGCUGGAGACGGGCACGGACCAGCGGCGAGUGAUCCAGGAGGCCUUUGCCAGUGACAACGUUGUUGCCGACUUCAUGAAAGAGAAGCGUCGGGCAGAACAGGCUAGCAAACCGAAAGCGAUCAGCCUGGUGCUCCCAGGAUGGGGCGAGUGGGGAGGCACAGGGCUGCGGCCCAGUAUCAAGAAGAGGCGGCGGUUCUUGAUCGAACCAGCAACUGGGCCCCCAAGGAGAGACAGACACCUGCCCCACAUUAUCCUGAGUGAGCAGCGCAAUAUUUUAGCUGCGGCUCAUCAGGUGAACCAGCUGCCCUUCCCCUUUGAGAACAGCCAGCAAUUUGAACGCAGCAUCCAGGCGCCUGUGGGCCCCACUUGGAACACCCAGCGUGCUUUUCAGCGGCUGACAGCUCCCCACAUUGUCACCCAGCCUGGCCAUAUCAUCCGCCCCAUCAGUGCUGAGGACAGUGAGCUGAUCCGCCAAGCAGAUAACGCAAAAGCCACGGGACAGAAGCCAGAUUUGGCACUGUCGUCAUCUCCCCGCAAGCGUCGCCCGUGCCGCGCUUCAAAGAAGAAGGCUCAGUAUAACUAAACCCUCUGCUGCCUCUGCCGUGCAGUCCAGGCUCAUUAGCCAGACUGGGAUUUUGAUGACAUGGCUCACAGAGCUGCAUCCAGAACUGCUGCUCUGCCUCUGAAACCCUUUUCCUUCUUUGAUCUUAGCUUCCUUUAUCAGAGGGUCUUGCAACCCCAGGGUGAUCCUACUCAUAAGGAAGCCAAGUGGGCUUUCCAGUGCCCCCCCCCAACAUCAGCUGAUCUGGUUUUUAGUCUCUGCUUAACCGCUGAAACUAGUUCUGCCAGUUCUUCUUUGGAAAUGGGUUUUGAUGAAGGAAGAGAAGGGAAGGUAGCAGAGCAUAUUCCCUGUGAGGACAUGAGCCUGCUAGCAGCAAAUCAACAAGGAGGGUGGUUAGUGUAAAACUAUCAGCUUGUAUAGGCAAAUAUGUUUAAUGCCUGACUAUUUUUCAAGGGCAAAGUGCUUCAAAAAUAAAACAGCAGUUGGAUCUGUUCAUCUAUUCAAGAGUAA